UCACCACCUCCUCGCCCGUUCUCGGUAUGACGUAGUACCGAGCGUGCAGCAGAAGGGCGGAAGUGCGAAGGUUUCCGUCCCCAUGACGACGCCUGUAAACAGGGACGCGGCGAUGUGCUUUCGCUUUCCGAUCAGAUGGAACAAGGAUCGCUUUCCGAACUCGAGAGGAGGCUUCUGAGACUGAGCCAGGAAUUCGGGAUGACACUAUAUCAGGACGAUCCUGUACGAGAGCCUGCAGAAAGUUCACUGGAGUCGGCGUCGGAUACAGAAGACGGUGACACAAGCGUCUCCACGGACGAACCGACUCCGGAAGAACAAAAUAGGACGCUAAAUGACUGGUGUGAUUGUCGCAUAUGCGGACAAAUGCCGACUGUACAGGAACGCAUUUGUUGCCGCGGCAUCAACGAGGUGCUACGCAAACAAUCGAAGGGUUGUAUCACAGAGAACGAGCACUUCCGCACAGUGUGUUUGCACACUGAGGUCCUUUCUGUCACGCUGUGCGAGCCUCAGGAUCCCAAUACGCCAGAUUCGAAUCAGCAACAAGCGCAAGAAAGAGGGUACAGCCUCUUGGUUAUACCUGUACAGCCUUGAAGCGGAGCAGCCUGAGAACUUUCGCAGGACUUGCUCCGGAAAACAGAAUGGCAGCCGACAGUAGGAGGUUUCCUGCUGCCUUCCC